UCGGGAGGGAAGCAAAAGAAGGCGGUGCGAAAACGCGUUCGAACGUGGGCCCCGCUCCGGCCCGUAGCCGGCGUCUCCAACAUGGCGGCCCCGCAAGAUGUCCACGUCCGGAUCUGUAACCAGGAGAUCGUCAAGUUCGACCUGGAGGUGAAAGCGCUUAUCCAGGAUAUCCAAGACUGUUCUGGACCCUUAAGUGCACUUACCCAACUGAAUACUAAAGUGAAAGAGAAAUUUCAACAGCUACGGCACAGAAUACAGGAACUUGAGCAGUCAGCUAAGGAGCAAGACAAAGAGUCGGAGAAGCAGCUUCUACUGCAGGAAGUGGAGAAUCACAAAAAGCAGAUGCUCAGCAACCAGACCUCCUGGAGGAAAGCCAAUCUCACCUGCAAAAUGGCAAUUGACAACCUAGAAAAGGCAGAGCUUCUCCAGGGAGGAGACCCCCUAAGGCAAAGGAAAACCACCAAAGAGAGCCUGGCGCAGACGUCGAGUGCCAUCACAGAGAGCCUCAUGGGCAUCAGCAGGGUGAUGUCGCAGCAGGUGCAGCAGAGCGAGGAGGCCAUGCAGACUCUAGUCAAUUCUUCGCGGACCAUCCUGGACGCAAACGAGGAAUUCAAAUCCAUGUCCGGGACCAUCCAGCUGGGCCGGAAGCUCAUCACGAAAUACAACCGCCGCGAGCUGACUGACAAGCUGCUCAUCUUCCUAGCGCUGGCCCUCUUUCUGGCCACAGUCCUCUACAUCGUGAAGAAGCGCCUCUUUCCAUUUCUCUAACUUCCGGGAGCAGCCAGCUUGGUUCUCCUCAGGCCCCUGUCUCAGGAGCCAUCCAGCCCCAGCUCCGGCCAGGCUGCCAAACUGAGCCAGUCCCCAUCGGCUCCGGUUGCUCAGCGGGUCAGGGAGGAGACUCGGCCCCCAGCUUUUCUGAGGUGACCGGUGUGUAAAGGGCAGGCAGAGCAACGGGCUGCUUGUGUGACACAGGGAAUCCAAGGGCACUGGGCAGUUGAGCACUGUGGGUGGCUGCCACAGGGGCACCAGCUCCAGAUGCCCUGCCCCCCUGGAAGCUUAGUGCCCAGUCUGAUAGGGGGACGAGAGAAGAGGUGGAAGAAGGGUGACACAGACUCCUGGUCAUUCCUUGAAUAAACCGGCUGUAUUCAGUAGA